GAAGAGCUUGACGAGUCAACCACUGCACUGCCAAAGAGGGACAAGGAGGAAGAGCAGCAGGCGGCACUGUGGUGGAGCUCGUCUGUUCCUUUUUUAAGGACAUCGAAUGGUCAAGAGACAGAAAAAAAUCUCAGAGCCUGAGAACAAGUGAAAGGAACGACUAGGAAAAGGAAAGAAGGAAGGAAGGAAGGAAGGAGGGAGGGAGUGUGAGGGGUGAGGAGGGGCUCCUCACGGCUUUGGAGUCUGCUCAAACGCAGCAAGAUUUCUCUUGCUCUCUUUCUGUGUUUGCCCUCCAUCCUUUUAUUUUUAAAAAGAAGAGAGAAAGAGGACACACCGGACUCUCUUUAUCGGCUGAACCUUAAGCAAAGAAGAUGAAGACAGGAAGACACUGAAAAGGAAAGACAGCUUUGGAUAGAGUGUUUUAUUCAUUCUUUGUUGCUUCUAUCGUUCCUUUGGGAGCGAGCGGCUUGAAGCUUCUGCUCAUGUCCGUCAACUCAGAAAAAUCCUCGUCCCCAGAAAGGCCUGAGACGCAGCAGAAAGUCCCAUCCGCUCCCCCUCCUCCUCCCCCUCCUCCCCCUCCUCCACCUCCACCACCAGAGCCAGUGGCCCCACCAGAGCCAGAGGAGGAGAUUUUGGGCUCAGAUGAUGAGGAGCAGGAGGACCCGGCAGACUACUGCAAAGGAGGGUACCAUCCGGUAAAGAUAGGGGACCUGUUUAAUGGAAGAUACCACGUGAUCCGAAAGCUUGGCUGGGGCCACUUCUCUACUGUUUGGCUAUGCUGGGAUAUACAAGGAAAGCGUUUUGUGGCGAUGAAGGUGGUGAAGAGUGCACAGCACUACACAGAGACAGCACUAGAUGAGAUUAAACUACUGCGAUGUGUACGCGAGAGUGACCCCACUGAUCCCAAUAAAGACAUGGUGGUUCAGCUCAUAGAUGACUUUAAGAUCUCCGGGAUCAACGGGAUUCAUGUGUGUAUGGUGUUUGAAGUUUUGGGCCACCAUCUCCUGAAGUGGAUCAUCAAGUCGAACUAUCAGGGCCUACCUUUACAGUGUGUCAAGAGCAUCAUUAGACAGGUCUUGCAGGGUUUAGAUUACCUCCACACUAAGUGCAAGAUCAUCCACACAGACAUCAAGCCGGAGAACAUCCUGAUGUGUGUGGAUGAUGCCUUUGUGAGACGUAUGGCUGUGGAGGCCACUGAGUGGCAGAAAGCAGGGGCGCCCCCUCCUUCUGGUUCUGCAGUGAGUACAGCGCCCCAGCUCAAGCAGGUAGGGAGCAGUAUCAAAGUGGGGAAGAUCUCCAAGAACAAGAAGAAGAAGCUAAAGAAGAAGCAGAAGCGACAGGCGGAGCUGCUGGAGAGACGGAUGUUGGAAAUCGAGGCAUUAGAGAGAGAGGCUGAGAAACAGAAAACCAGUGAGGAGACAAACCCUCCUAUUGGACCUGCACUAGCUCUCGGAGAAAGUGAAGAUGAGGACGAUGAUGAGGAGGACAUAGACGAUGAGGAAGAGGGGGAGGAAGAGAAGGAACGGCCUGUUCGAUUAACCAAUCACACAUGUGCAGCUCCACCAGAGCAACAGCAGCAGGAGGAAGAGGAGGACUGUGGAGUUCCCUCCGUCACAGACAUUCCUGACGAAAAAGAUUCAUCUGCAGUACAAGAGACCAACACACCACAAAAUGAACAGAGCAACAGCUCUGCUAAUGAGGAGGACCAAGAAAACACAGAUGAGGAAGAGCAGGAGAAAGCUGCAGAAGAGCCAGAGGAUAAAGCAGGUCAGGAGGAUGCAGAAGCAACAGCUGAAGAGCUUAAGCCAGCACACUCUGAUGAGAAUUCAGAGCCAAAGACAGAUGAGUGUGCACAAGAGGAUCAGCCUGAGCUGCCAAAAGAAGAAAAUGAAAAAGAAAGAAGAGAAGAGAAUGGUGAUGAGGAAGAAGAAGAUGAAGAAGAUGAUGCUGAUGAUGAAGAUGAUGAUGAGGAAGAUGAAGAAGCAGAGGAUGAAUGCCAGGAACUUGAAAACUCAACAGAGGGUCACAAUGACUCACCCAAAACUAAUGGUCAUGCAAUUGUGGAUGCAAAGGAAAACAAUCAUCCAUCAGGCACCCUGACUAUAGUGUCUGUGCCCACUCCUCUUUUGUGCCCACUGGUGGAGUCGGAGAUCAGCACUACUGACCGGGAAGCUUCUGACGCCUCCUAUGAGCUGUUGAAUGGUGAGACGACAACGAUUAGUAAUGGGGGUCGACACAGAGCCACUGUGCCCCGCUUCCCUGAGCUCCCGCUGGACCCAAGGCCGAACGAGGGUGAAACUGAGGAAGGAGAGGCGAUCCUGAACCCUGAAACUGAGCGAAGUCGAACCGUCUCUUCCUCCAGCACCGGGGACACUCCUAAAGCUAAAGCACGAGCAGCUGAUCUGCUGGUGAAUCCUCUGGACCCUCGCAAUGCCGAAAUACUCCGGGUUAAAAUAGCAGACCUGGGCAAUGCCUGCUGGGUGCACAAGCACUUUACAGAAGACAUUCAGACCCGACAGUACCGAUCCAUCGAGGUUCUGAUCGGUGCUGGUUACAGCACUCCUGCAGACAUCUGGAGCACUGCCUGUAUGGCCUUUGAGCUGGCGACAGGAGACUACUUGUUUGAGCCUCAUUCAGGAGAGGACUACUCACGUGAUGAAGACCACAUCGCUCUGAUUAUGGAGCUGCUGGGGAGUGUACCACUUAAGGUGAUUGCUGCAGGAAAAUACAGCCAUGAGUUCUUCUCAAAGAAAGGUGAGUUGCGACACAUUACGAAAUUGAAGCCGUGGUCUCUAUUCGACGUGCUGGUGGAGAAGUACGGCUGGUCACCUGAGGACGCUGGUCACUUUACAAACUUCCUGCUGCCCAUGUUGGAGAUGGUUCCAGAAAAACGCGCCUCUGCAAGAGACAGCCUCAAUCAUCCCUGGCUCAGCUCUUAGCACCUUUUUACUCAUCUUCACCCCCCAGUGGCAGCCUUCAGGACUGCACUCUGUUCUCAGCCUGGGGGGAGGAAGAGGGAAUAAAAAGAGAGAUGGGGGAGUGGAGAGAGCUGAUGUAGAGUGUAAGAGGAAUGAUCUUGGUGUGAGCUUGUACAACUGAAAGUCUAUAUUUAUGAGUCUUUAUUGCUCCCACACACAUAAAUAACAUCACCACAUGCAGAUAAUUUAAGGCUGAAAUUAAAAGUAACUUUAUCAACCACAGUAAGAAAUGUCUGUGGUGUUGCAAAGAGUUUGAAGUACCCCUGAACUAAUAUUGCCCUUUCUUUAAUGUUCAGUUUUGUGACAGGCACUAAACACUUAGAUUUAAGUCUGGUAAAAGUGUAUCAAGUUGUCUUUUGGGUAAAAAGUAAGUGCACUAGCAAAUCCUCCAACAUUUAAAACCACCAACCAUACUUUUACUCUGGUCAGCAAGUGGACUCUUACUGUACAGAAAGCCUCAAGAUGUGUGAAAGACAUGCUGCUUUCUCCAUAUUCCUCCACCACACAGAGGUGAGAAUCUGAGGCCCGGCAGCAGUGGAAUAGUAUAUUCGACUGCUGUGACACCUGACCUGAGCACCUGCACACCUAAACUUUAGUGACCAUACGUAAAAGAACAUUUCCAUGUCUGUUUUAGGACUGGCAGCAUGGUCCUGGGGACCUGCAUUCAAACCUCACCUCUGGUCACAGUCUGUAAGGAGUUAUGAUCCACUGCCAUGUGGUCUUCGUCCAGGCACUUUGCUUUGCUGCCACCAUUUCAAACAUGACACUUGGCAGGAGAAGCCGUGAACUCGACACUUAAAAAAAUGUCCAAGGUGGAAGUGAGUAUGAGAAUAAAUAAAUAGGUGUGUGAUGCCUGGCAAUGGAUUGGCACUUGGAUUGGUGAUAAUGUUACAUAAUUUAAAAUGAGUAUGGUAUAUUUCGAGGUUUGGCUGAACAUGCAAUGUAAAUUAAGACUACAAAACUAAAAUUCCAAUCGUUUUUAACCGUGACCAGUGCAAGAAAGAUUACUGAACAAAGCAUUAGUAUAUAAAUAAAAUCAUUCAUAGUGCGUGAUUUAACUUAUUUAGUACAGUUGUAGGAUAUUUGGGACACAGCCAAAGUGGUGGCAGUUCUGUAUAUUUCAAUAAAAUCUGUCUCGCAGAGAAUGUACAUUUAUUGAGAUGUUUGGCUACUGAAGAUAAAUAAAAGAAUAAAUAAUGGACAAUUUAUUAUGUACUUAUUAUUAUUUAUAGUUCUAAUGAAUUUGAAUGACUUGUUCAGGGGUACAUUCAGGGGUACAUUCACAAUUUAGUAUUAAAUUAAGCAGGUUAAUCAUACAGGUUAUGGCCAAAAUUGUGUCUUGUGCCAUGUGCAAAGCUUUUCUAAAUGUUUUUGAAAUGUCAUCAACUGUGUUUACAUGCCUGCGUAUUCCACCAAUAACUGGCUCAGAAAAACCUUGAUUUAUUGGUGUGGUGGAUCUGAAUAUGAUCUAGGUGUAUGUGUGUCAGUAUUAUAGCUGUUAUUGUUUCUGAUGGACUGGUAGGAACAGGAUUUGCUCUCUCUCCACUCUCUCCAUCAGCCUCUGUCUCACCCCCUAGAAACGGCACUCCCUGAGCCAAGGGCCUGCCACAGAACUGUUUACAAUCCUUCCUUAGCCCCAAACUUCAGCAUCACCUCAGCGUCUACACACACCCAGAGCUGCAUGCCGCUCUCCAGGCCCUGUAGACCCACAGGAGACUCCUGAACUGCACAAAGAGACACCCUCGCUGCCUCUGGAUUUCACAAGAGAACUCUGUAAUGUGUGUAAAGUGACCUCCAAAAUCCACAACUCUUCUCCAGACUGUAUGCAUGGAGAUGCAGAGGACAAACAAGUACACAUAUUUAAUUUGUCAGAAUUGCUCUACUACCUUUGUUUCGUUCACUCUGCUCUUAGAAAAAAGCUUGAAACCAGACAUCUCUGUGUCAACGAUUCUGGUUGAAACUAUACGUUGUUUUUGACACUGUAAGCAUUCCACCUACUGUCUCUGGCUCAUGUAUGCUUCCUACCAUUACAAAACUCGACAAAUUUUCAGCAGUGAUAAUCAGGCGACCAGUCUGUACAUCCCAAAUGGACAAGGAGUAAGACUGCAGAUGCUCUUGUGUUUAUGCGUUCGUUUGUUCAGGGAUAAUGAUCAGUGCAGAGAGCAGCAACAGCAUCCAAACCAAUGUAAAGCAGAAAUGCAGCCUGGGGGAGGAAGGAGCAUCGUUGUACUGCGCACAAACACACACACCCUGCAGUUUGCUCGACCUCUUUCACCUUUCACCUUCCAGCUCCAUCUCUUAUCACCUAUUUUCGCAAUAAAAAAACAAGUAUAAUUAGAUGGUAAACUAUUUUUUAAAACAAUAUUUAAACAUACAGAACUUCUGAUGUUGUGACCGUGACUGAAUUUUGUCUUAUUACUGAGGUGGUUGUGUUUUGUCAGUUUAGAGAAAUUUCUUUUCGUAAUUCUUCUAUAAUUAUAAUUACUAUUAUUGCCAUUAGUUCUUUUUUAAUUUGGUUGCCAUCUCUCUUCAUUAUUACAGUGACCAGUGCUGCUCAGUAUGGACUAGUGGGUUAGUGAUCAAAUUCACAGUCAAAUUUGAUUUGACAUGUUUUGCAAUAAUAGUGAAGAAGUUUUGCACCAAAAGCUCCCGAUCUCUCACUUAGCCAUGCUGACUGUUCUUCCUGAUGUUGACAGAGUAACGGCUCUUAUUGUCUGUUUUUCAUCAAAAGAUUUAAUAAAGUUCUAAAUUAAAAGUU